CGGAAGAGCAGAGUUUGUCCCUCACGACUCGCUGUUGAACAGAACUGUCAUGUCGGCUCACUUGAUGUCGCUGCACAGGUGUUGCCAGCGGUCGGCCCUCCUCCUUGUUGCCAGGCGACCAUGGAGCUCGAGCUCGGCGUCUCCUCCUCCACUCCACACGAGGCUGCUCCUCUUCCUCACCCAGAGGUUUUAUGAUAUGGAGAUGCUCCUGAGCUGGAGCUCUCAGCUGAGGAGGAGGGCGAUCCAGAGGAAGAACGCGUACAACAGCUAUGCUCAGAGGUUUCAUGGGUCGGACUUAGCAGCAGCGUAUUAUGUCUUAAAUCUAAAGGGAGGAUUUCGGUUUGUUGGGCAGUCAGCCUGGUUUCGUGCUAACCACAGGGGCAAGUUCAGUUGGGAUUUCUUGAACCACAAAGACACACUGCUAGAGGAAGUAGACAUGAGCUACUCUAUCAUCAACUACACAGGACUGGUGAACCUGGAGGGACAGCGAUCUUUGAGGACUCUGUCUUUUCGAGGAUGUUCUGAAGUGGACGACUGGUUUCUGGCCAAGCUCCACAUGUUCCAGGACUCCCUGGAGGAACUGGACAUCUCUCACUGUCCACGCAUCACGACAGGCGGCCUGGCUGCACUAAGGAAUCUCAAGGGACUCCGGCAUCUGGACAUUUCAUCCCUACCUGGGAUUUCGAGUCCUGGGUUGAUCAUCAUCCUACUGGAGGAAAUGUUACCACAGUGCCAAAUCACAGCGUCUGGCUACAACCUCAGUCUGAGUCAGGAGGAGAACAUGGAGCAAAUGCAAGAGCAGAGGUAGAGCAUGGACAGGGACCAGACUUCUGAGUUCUCAGAGACUGCUCUGCUUUUACAGAAAAGGACAAAGUUAGGUGCAGAGGGAACACCUGACAUAAGAAGAGGAGAUGUGAUAGGUCUGAUUUUUGCAGCGUUACUGCGAUCACAGCUUAAUGUCAGUGUUGGACCGGGCCAGAUUUAGUUUGAUCUCAGAGACAGAGUUGAAUUCUACAAGUCCUGACAUAAUCCUGUCCAACCAGGUACAGACUCAAAUUUGAUUGGACAUUUACAACACACAAUUGGAUAUACAAUUGCGUCACACACUUGCAUAACAACACAGAAAUCUCUGUAGCAUUCAGGCGAGGGGAGGUUCAUCAUGCAGGAGGCAGGAUGUAACAUAUGAAUUCCACUGCGCAGAUCACAUGUUUUUAGCACAUCGACACCAGCGUUGGCUCGUAUCACCCAAAGCUCUCACAACGUCAUCAACGCGCCCACUCGCUCGCACUGAAUCCUCCAGAUAAUUUCCUGCUGUAUUCUCACAUGGGCUCACUUGGACAUUUUCCAGAGUUUUUACGGGGGGGCUGGCAGGAGAAACUCUGGAGAAUGUCGACAGCAACUGACUCGGACAUUUGCGUUCUCACAUAUUGUCACUCUGCUUAAUUUCAGGAGAUUAUCUGGAGUUCAGUGCAUGUCUGAGCAGCAAAGUUUCCUUGGCCAGUCCAUUUCAAAUUAAGAGUUUGCACUAUUGUGAAUAUAAUUUCUCUGUCUCCAGCCAAUCAAACUUUGUCUGCAUAUGUUGAGGUGUAAAUAUGAUUGUAAAUGUACAAAAUAAAUGAUUAUGAAUGA